CGGAAGUACCGUACUUUUUUUGGUUCACAGGAAAAGGAAAAAAAAACUGCUGUUGGGAAACAAAACAGCAAAAAUGCCUGCCCCUAAAAGACACAAGUCUUUUCAGGCUCCUCAAGCGAAGAGAAGAAAGGAGGAUCAGAAUGAAGUCGCCAUGCCAUCCAACAAAACGACACCAGCCUCUGCAACGUCAAGCAACCCCCAAAGAGAAGCACCUUUGCGGAGAAGGAAUAAGAAAAAGCCCCCCGCAGAACUAAAAGAGGGAAAUAAACCUGCAGGGUCUAGCCGCCAUUCCUCCAAAACAAAAUCAACUCAAAAGGCCAGGACUAGGACCAAGUUCAAUCCACCUGUAAAGAACGCCAAGCUGCUGAAAGCCACAAGUGCCUCCUCAAAGAAUCCCAACUCUAAAGGAACCCUAAAAAGACCAGCCAUGAUCUUCAAAACUGCUUCCACAGAGUCUGAUGAGGAGCUUAUCAGAACUCAUAAACCCCAUUGCAUCAGAAAAUACUCUAAUGGGGAUCGAGGUAAGCGUAAAGGGUCACAGUCUAACCUGAAUGAAGAAGUAUUGCUCUCAGACCCUGUGCAGAGGGAUCACAAUUAUGGUAUACCCUCUGCGUCUUAUGGUAGUCAUUCUGAAAUUGAGGAAAAUAAAAGGAAAAGAGUCAGAGAGUCCACCAGAGGCCCAGAGACCAAGAGAGAUGUGAAUAUGGAAUCUCAAAUGUCUUCGGAACCCUUACCUGAACAAUCUGGACAGAUGAAGCAGAGCAGUGAGACGCAUGAGGUGCAGGAUAAUUCCAUUACCACCCCAACAGAUGAAUUUAGUGAGAGUGUCAACACCAAGCCUGACAUAAAAAUGUCUCCUCCAGCAUCUCCUGAGAAAGCUUCAGACCCCAUCCCUAAGCAGGUGAACCAGAAUAAUUCCAUGACCACCCCAACAGAUGAAUUUAGUGAGAGUGUCAACACCAAGCCUGACAUAAGAAUGUCUCCUCCAGCAUCCCCUGAUAAAGCUUCAGACCCCAUCCAUAAGCAGGUGAACCAGAAUAAUUCCAUGACCACCCCAACAGAUGAAUUUAGUGAGAGUGUCAACACCAAGCCUGACAUAAAAAUUUCUCCUCCAGCAUCCCCUGAGAAAGCUUCAGACCCCAUCCAUAAGCAGGUGAACCAGAGUAGAGAGAAACAUGAGGAGCAGAAUGAUUCCGUGACCAUCCCUACAUAUCAAGUUAGUGAGAGUGUAGCGAGCAAGAUGGAUGCAUAUAAAAAGUCUGCAGACCCCAUACCUGAACUACUAAAACAGAGCACUGAGACACAGGAUAUGCAGGAAAAUUCCAUGACCACCCAUACAGCUAAAGGUAAUGAACAGACUAAGGUCGGUGCAAAAAUAUUGUCUCCUCCAGCCAUCGGCUUAGUAGCAUAUAGUAGCAGUAGUGAUUCUGAAUGUGAAAGUGAGGGAAAUGACAGGACGGGACUCACAGAGUCAAUAGAUGUGAAGAUGAAAACUCAAGCAUCUUCAGAGAAGGCUUCAGACCCUGUCCCUGAACAGGUGAAGGAAAGCAGUGAGACGAUGCAGAAGGAUCCCAUGACCACCUCUACAUAUGAAGUUACAGAGGAAUCCAUGACCACCCCUACAUAUGAAGUUACCAAGGAUUCCAUGACCACCCCUACAUAUGAAGUUACCGAGGAUUCUAUGACCUCCCCUACAUAUGAAGUUACCGAGGAUUCCAUGACCUCCCCUACUGAGAGUGUAGACGCUAAGCUUGAUGCAAAUAUAAAGCCUCCUCCAUCUAUAGAAGUAUAUUCAGAGGAGGCUUCAGACCCUGUCCCUAAACAGGUGCAUCCUGAACAGGUGAAUCAGAUAUACAUUGAAAUAGAGAAGGUGCAGGAAGAUUUCAUAACCACCCCAACAGAUGAAGUAUGUGAACUUUUAGAUAGCACGCUUGAUGCAGAAAUAAUGUCCCUGCCACCUUUAGAAGCAUCCUCUGAGGAGACCCAUACAUUUGAAGUUAGUGAGAGUGUAGAGACCAAGUGUUCAGAACUUGCACCUGAACAUGUGACGCAGAGCACUGAGAUGCAGGGAGAUUCCGCGCCAACCCACGCAGAUCAAGUAAGUGAGAGUGUAGACACCAAGCUUGAUAUCGAAGUAAAUUCUGCUCCACCUGUAGAACUAUCCUCUGAGGAGACUUCAGACAUUGUCUCUGUCUCAGAGCAGGUGCUGCAGAGCAGUGAGACACAGGAAGUCCAGGGAGAUUCCAUGACCACCCGUACAGAUGAACUUAGGGACACCAAGCUUGAUAUCGAAGUAAAUUCUGCUCCACCUGUAGAACUAUCCUCUGAUGAGACUUCAGACAUUGUCUCUGUCUCAGAGCAGGUGCUGCAGAGCAGUGAGACACAGGAAGUCCAGGGAGAUUCCAUGACCACCCGUACAGAUGAACUUAGGGAAAGUUUAGGAACAAAGUCGGGUGCUAAAAUAAAGUCUCCACCCUUAGAGGUGCUUUUCAGUGCUCUAAAGGAGUCCAGUCUUUGCAAACAUCCCCUGUCUCAUACGAUGCGCUCAAAUGUCAAAGAGUUUCUGGGAGUAGAGGAUUCUUUAGAAAUCACUAAAAAAGACUGUGACUUUGGUGUAACGGAGAGCAUUGAGUGUACUUUAGACCUGGAGACUCCGAUUAUUGUCGAGGAUAUGGAGAUCGGCCACUGUGUUGUGGAGGUGGUGGGAGAGAAUGGAGAUGAGGUGGAUAGUGAUCUGGAAAUCAUAGACAACUCUGAUAGGCCAGAGAAGACACUUGAGCUAACCAAAGUGUCUGAAGAAGAGUGCAGUGUGGAUAAAAGUGAAGAUGGUAUUGAAAAGAAAGGCACAAGUUCCUCUAACCAAGAGAGCACAAAUAGUGGGAAGAAGGAAGCGACUAAAAAAACACAGGGUAGCCUGGAAAAACCCAAGAAACAGCAGAUGAACCCUCAGGCCCGGACCAAAGCCCGACUAGCAGCACUAGCUGAGCAAAAGGCAGCUGCCUCCAAAAAAGCGAGCAGGCAGCUCAACCUCCUGGCCCUAUGUGAAGAAAUAGCAGAUGAUAUCGCCACUGACACAAUGUUAAUAAAGACGAAGGAGGAGGAGGAGCAGGUUGUAACAAUUACGGCUGAACCCAGCAAGGAGCCAGAAUGCACACCGCCUGUCACACAGCCUGAGACUGUUCCGAUACCUCCUACUCCUGCCCGGCCCGAGGAACCGUCUCCAGCAGUAGAACCCUCCGCUGAGGAGCCUGCUCCAGCCAAGCCCCCAGCUCCAGAGCCACCUCAGAGGCGUUUCUUCAUCAGCCAAGUGACGGUACCCCUCAAAAUCCACGAGAAGAAGAAGCUUACCAGGUUCCAGAGGCUGCGGCAGGUGGAACUGCAGCGGGAGAAGAAUAUGUCCUGGACCAUGGUGAAGAAGCUCAAGUCCGAUCAGAAGAUGAUUCCAGAGACUGAGACUAAACCUUCCCCUCCAGCAGCAGCACCUGUCCAAGUGACCACCCCCCCACCCCCCUCAGCCAGUCCAGCAGCACCCACAGUAGCUGCACUCUCCCCAACCAGUCAAGAAGUGACCCCAAAAGUUGAGCCCCCAAAAGUUGAGCCCCCAAAAGUUGAGCCCCCAAAAAUUGAGCCCCCAAAAGUGACCCCCAGUAAGGGACCCACCCUGAGAAAGAGGACGCUUCCAGCAGAACCCCCGCCGAUGCCCAACGGGCUGAAAGCUCAGAAGGCCAAGCCUGUGGUGGAGUAUAAGCCUUACAAAUCCAGGCCCAAGUACUCCUUUGAUGACUUUGAAUGUGAUGACGAGCCGAAACCCACAGUGCAGAAGGCAGCAGUGAGACCUACAGCUACUACUAUUCAGAGGGCAGCAGUUAAACCUACAGCUGUUCAGAGGGCAGCAGUGAGACCGACACCUAGUACCAUUCAGAGGGCAGCAGGGAGAACUACACCAACCACCAUUCAGAGGGCAGCAGGGAGACCUACACCUACCACCAUUCAGAGGGAAGCAGGGAGACCUACACCUACCACCAUUCAGAGGGAAGCAGGGAGACCUACACCUACCACCAUUCAGAGGAAAGCAGGGAGACCUACACCAGUGUCCGAAAAUGGCAAACAUGAAGACUCAAAACCUACCGUGCAGAAGCCAGAAAACAGGGGUCAGAAAACAGUAGGACCUACCGUGCCAAAAACAGGACAUAUCACACAGAAAACAGUAGGACCUACCACGCAGAAUAAAGUACCAACUGUACAGAAGGCCGUAGAGAUACCAGCCCCUAUGUCCAAAAAUGGUAAACAUGAGGACUGCAAACUUACUGUACAGAAUGCAGUAGUACCUACCGUACGCAAGGCAGACAUACCUAGACCCAGUGUACAGAAGGCAGUGGUGGUACCUAUAUCUUCUCCCAAAACGGAGCAGAAAGCAGAAGCACCACCUACGGCCAAAACUGGCGAAGAUGAGGAUUCCAUAGCACCAGUGUCCUCCCUUCCCUCUGAAGAGCCCCCAAGAGAUUCUGUUGACAAAGAGCAGUGUGAAGAAAUGCCUGCUGUUACUGAGAUUAAACCCGCAUCCCCAGAGGACAAGACAACAACAGAGAAUGCCGUUGACUCUGGGGUGGUUCAAUCAGCAGGUAAUAGCAGUCCCCUCUCUGAUGAAUGUCUGCAGAAAGAAAUCAAGAAACUAAAGGAGACCGACAAAGAAGGAAAUCAAGCCAUUAUUGAUGCAGGGCAGAAGCACUUUGGCCCAGUAACCUGCAGUGUGUGUGGGAUGCUGUAUUCCGCUGCCAACCCAGAGGAUGAAUCCCAGCAUUUGCUCUUCCACAACCAGUUCACCAGUGCUGUCAGAUAUGUGGGGUGGAAGAAGGAGAGGAUUUUGGGGGAGUACCCCGAUGGCAAGAUCAUUCUUGUCCUUCCAGAUGACCCCAAAUAUGCACUGAAGAAGGUUGAGGAGAUUAGAGAGAUGGUGGACAAUGACCUGGGCUUCCAGCAGGUUGAGACCAAGUGUCCCUCCCAGACUAAAACCUUCCUGUUUAUCUCCAAUGACAAGAAGGUAGCUGGUUGCCUUAUCGCUGAGCACAUUCAGGAGGGCUACAGGGUCAUCGAGGAAGUGAUGCCUGAGGGCUCAGAGGGAGAGAAGGUGAUGUUUGAGCGUCAGAGAGCCUGGUGCUGUUCCACCAACCCAGAGCCAGCCCUCUGUGGCAUCAGCCGCAUCUGGGUCUUCAGCAUGAUGAGACGGAGGGGCAUCGCCUCACGCAUGAUCGAGUGUCUCAGGAACAACUUCAUCUACGGCUCCUACUUGAGCAAGGAGGAGAUCGCUUUCUCCGACCCCACGCCCGACGGGAAGCUCUUUGCUACACACUACUGUGGCACCUCGCAGUUCCUGGUUUAUAACUUUGUCAGUGGAACUCGUUCAGACCAACCAAGUCCUAAUUUGGUGUAACCAAUCGCAUCAAGGUGGAUUUUUGUUGUGGCCCAGCGACUCCUCACCAACCAAUCUUGUCGUGGACAUCCUGUCACAAGCACAUUGUGGCUCUUUUAGACUGAACGUUUAGACUCAACAAAGACUACUGUACUGACUCUUCUGAGGGGAAAUCUUGGUUUUUAAUCUCAGGUUGAAAACAACAAGGUGUUGUUUAAAAGAUUUAAAAUCUCCCUUUAAUCCCUGCAUAGUAUUUUGAGACAAAUAAUAUUUUUAUUUAUGUUUUUUAAAUAAGAAACUAGCUUUUAUUGGCAGUAUUAAAUAGUUUACAUGCAUUAAGCUUGACAGCAAUAGAAAACAGCAUUUCACAAUUCAUAGUUUUUGAAGAUCCACUUAAUUUCACUCAAACGGUUCUAAAACAAUGUUGUCCUGUUCUAAUAAUGCUUUUCAUUCAUGUUGAGCAUCUUAAAAACUGUUAGAAGUUGCUAAUAUUAAGAUGAGUUGUCAUGUGUGCACAAGGGGUUGUUCUUACACACUUCCAUGUUCAUCAUCUCUUUACUUUUAAUGAAGGGAUGCGUUGACCACCUGACGUUCCAUUAUGUGAUACAGAGUACAUUAUUGUUAAGAUCACUCUCACAGAAUUGAUCAGAAUGUGGUGGUUUGAAGUUUUCACUCACCAAUUUCUUCACUUCAUGAUCAUUCUCAGUCUUGUUGCCAUGUGUCCUAAUCAUGUCCAUUAAUAAAAUGGAGAGUCCUAUUUGGGAUAGUUAUCCUCCUUAGGCAGUAAGUUGGACUAGCAGGAAGGUAAUAAUGGUUGGAUUUCUGUAUGGGGCAUUUUUCUGUAGUGCUUCUAGUCAAGGCUCUUUACCCAAGUUGCCUCAGAAAUAUAUCUAACUGCAGAAAUGUUAAAUGUGAGCUGUGAUAUAAGUGAAUUGGUAAGGCAGUGAGCAUUCGCUCGUUUCUGCCUGUGUAUGUUUGUGCCUGCCAUGAAUCAUAAACCUCAACCUGACUGUUAUAUUUCACUGACAGACUGAUCGUAUUGUAGACUCCCUCAAAUGUUCUCAUCCAAACUGCCCUUAUUUGAAGCCCCCCUGAAAUCACAAUUUUUAAUAAUUGACAAUUUCUUCUAUUGGCAGAAAGUUUUAUUCACAUUUAGGACCUCAUUGAUGAGACAUUAAGAGUUAAGUAAAUCAUGUGAUAUUAAUAAUAUAAAUGUAAUUGAAAGGGUUUAAAAGCUCAGGGUUAUUUGUUUUUUGAGGGAGUUGAAACACCAUCCAUGUCAAAAGGAGAUUAUCACAGCAAACCAAGGGACAGUUGCUCAGCCAUCAAAAAGGGUUGUGAGUCAUACAUUUUUGGGUAUCAAUGAUUUAUUCAUCACAUUGCCCUUCAUUUUGAAACAUUUUAUUUUAGAAAUAUUGUGGGUCAUGUAAGAAAACACAUUUGAUUUAUAAAGAGCUGUCAUGUAAAUAGUUAUUUAAAAAUAAAAAACUAUCCUGCCCUG